AUGGUGCUGUGCAAUUCCAAGUGUCAUCAGAGUACACCAUGCAAAAAUGGUGCUGUGCAAUUCCAAGUGCCAUCAGAGUACACCAUGAAAAAAUGGUGCUAUGAAGUUCCAAGUGCCAUCAGAGAACACCAUGCAGAAAUGGUGCUGUGCAUUUCCAAGUGCCAUCGGAGUACACCACGCAAAAUUGAUGCUGUGCAUUUCCAAGUGCCAUCAGAGUACACCAUGCAAAAAUGGUGCUCUGCAUUUCCAAGUGCCAUCGGAGUACACCAUGCAAAAAUGGUGCUGUGCAAUUGCAAGUGCCAUCAGAGUACACCAAGCAAAAAUGGUGCUGUGCAAUUCCAAGUGCCAUCAGAGUACACCAUGCAAAAAUUGUGCUGUGCAAUUCCAAGCGCCAUCAGAGUACACUAUGCGAAAAUGGUGCUGUGCAUUUCCAAGUGCUAUCGGAGUACACCAUGCAAAAAUGGUGCUAUGCAGUUCCAAGUGCCAUCAGAGAACACCAUGCAGAAAUGGUGCUGUGCAUUUCCAAGUGCCAUCGGAGUACACCACGCAAAAUUGAUGCUGUGCAUUUCCAAGUGCCAUCAGAGUACACCAUGCAAAAAUGGUGCUCUGCAUUUCCAAGUGCCAUCGGAGUACACCAUGCAAAAAUGGUGCUGUGCAAUUGCAAGUGCCAUCAGAGUACACCAUGCAAAAAUGGUGCUGUGCAAUUCCAAGUGCCAUCAGAGUACACCAUGCAAAAAUUGUGCUGUGCAAUUCCAAGCGCCAUCAGAGUACACUAUGCGAAAAUGGUGCUGUGCAUUUCCAAGUGCUAUCGGAGUACACCAUGCAAAAAUGAUGCUGUGCAUUUCCAAGUGCCAUCAGAGUACACCGUUUAAAUUUGGUGCUGUGCAUUUCCAAGUGCCAUCAGAGAACACCAUGCAAAAAUAG